GGACGGGACGCUUCUUCAAGAACAACGAGGCGCCAACUCUUUCAACCACCUCGGUAGCCUGCUAGACAACAUAAAACUGAAAGAUUGAUUCUUUAGACCAUGUUAUUGUACAUUAGCUAAUCUCAGUGUUUUAGACAAAUUUCGGUUGACGUAUCUACUGGUGAACUUUAACCUAAUGUGCUUGUUCAAUUUGCAAACUUGUUAAAGAUUGAUACUGAGGUUAGCACUAGGCUAGUCGCUAAUGCUAGCUAGCUAGCUAGCUAACAUCCCUGACCAUGAGCUCACUGAACUACUCCUCCCUUGCUAAUGAAGCGGAGGUCUGCUGUUUGGAGAAAGAAUCUUUCAGAAUGAAAAAGGAGGAAGAGGAGGCUGUUAUAGUGAAAGAAGAGAAAGAACCUUUCAGAGAGGAAGAGGAUGCUAUCUUAAUAAACGUGAGGGAUGAAGACGUUUUGAGAGUGAAAAAGGAGGAGACAGAAGAUCCGAUUGACACCAGAGAGAGACAUGACUUUCGUGGAUCCUCUGGGGAGCCUCAACAACAUCCUGAUGCUGACGAGGCAGAGAAGAGUCUCUCCAGAUCAGAACACCAGAUGGACAACGCUAGCCCUUCCUCCCUCCCGGAGUCCCUGUAUCGUACCUCUCCCGGUAGCACCUUACUACUGGGUAUGAAGAGGUUGUCUGUGCUGCUGGUGGACUGCAGGAAAACAACGGGGCUGAGUGGAACUGUGAGAGGAGGAGAAGAGAUGAAAGGAUCAGAUUUGAAUCAAAGAGAAAGACCAGACUCAGUGGAACCAGAGCGAGGGACGUCCAAACCAGCAAGAAGACAUCAGUGCUCCUACUGUGGAAAGGGUUGUAACUGGUUAGGGGACCUGAAACCGCAUGAGAGAAUACACACUGGGGAGAAGCCUUACCACUGCUCGCAGUGUGGAAAGUGUUUCAGCCGGUCAGGACACCUGAAAACUCAUGAGCUAAUACACACAGGGGAGAAGCCUUACCGCUGCUCCCAGUGUGGAAAGUGUUUCAACCAAUCAGGACACCUGAAAACUCAUGAGCUAAUACACACAGGGGAGAAGCCUUACCACUGCUCCCAGUGUGGAAAGUGUUUCAAAGGGUCAGUUUAUCUGAAAAAACAUGAAAGAAUACACACAGGAGAGAAGCCUUACCACUGCUCCUACUGUGGAAAGGGUUGUUACUGGUUAUGGGACCUGAAACAACAUGAGAGAAUACACACGGGGGAGAAGCCUUACCACUGCUCCCAGUGUGGCAAGUGUUUCAACGGGUCAGGGGGCCUGAAACAACAUGAGAGAAUACACACAGGGAAGAAGCCUUACCACUGCUCCCAGGGUGCAAAACAUUUGCCCAUUUAGGAAGCCUGAAAGAACAUGAGACACAGAGGAGAAGGCUUUACAGAAGAUUCGAUUUUGGGAAAACAUAUUACUUAUAACAAUCACUUAAACGUCAUUAGAGAAUCCACACAGGAGAGAGAAAUUACUUCUCUUAGCAUGUAUAUUGAUAUUUCACAUCUCAUUGACUCACAACUCAUCAGAGAACAUGCACAGUGCUCCCAUUGUCUUAUAGUGUUGACUGAUAAUGUGUUUACCUACAUCAUGAAAGAAAAGCAGUGCAAGUAUCGAAUUUUGUAAAGUUAGUGUGGGAGAGGUGGAAAAAUUGUUAGCGAUCAAUAAUGACAAACCUCCUGGCAUUGACAACUUAGAUGGAAAGCUACUGA